AUGUCGUCCCUCGACAAACUCGCCAUCCGCGGAAUCCGCUCCUUCGACUCGAAUGAGAUCUCCGUCAUGCAGUUCUACUCGCCUUUGACGGUCAUCGUCGGGCACAACGGAAGCGGAAAGACGACCAUCAUCGAGUGCCUCAAGUAUGCAACAACGGGCGACCUGCCUCCCGGUUCGAAAGGUGGCGCCUGGAUCCACGACCCGGCUAUCGCCGGCACGUCCGAGGUCAAGGCGCAGGUCAAGCUCCGCUUCAAUAACUUGCGGAAGGAGAAGAUGCUUGUUGAGCGGCGCCUGCAAGUCACGAAGAAGAAGACUGCGUCCGGCUUGUCGAUGAAGACGCUCGAGGGUGUCAUCUCCUACGCCGACGCGGAUCAGGUCGACAAGAAGAAACGGCAAACGCUUUCGACCAAGUGCGCCAACAUCGACGAGGAAGUUCCGACGCAGCUCGGCGUCUCAAAAGCCAUCCUCCAGAACGUCAUCUUCUGCCACCAGGAAGAGUCGAAUUGGCCUCUGUCCGAGCCUGCCGCGCUCAAGAAGAAGUUUGACGACAUCUUCGAGGCGACCGAUUACACCAAGGUGCUCGACGAGAUCAAACGUAUUCGCAAGGACCAGAACAUCGACAUCAAGGUCGACAAGGAGAAGCUCGCUGCACUCAAGACGGACCGUGACCGCGCCUUCAGGCUCCGCGAGAACCUCAAGAAAGUGUCGACGCAGAUCAGCGUCAAGCAGGCGACGUACGACGAGCUCGAGGAGAAGAUCGCCAAGCUCGUCGAGAGCAACAAGAAGUUCUUCACCCAGGCGAGCAAGUAUCAGGAUAUCAUCGGGCGGGUCGACACGCUGCGUGAGCGGCGCAAGAUCCACGAGGAGAACCUGAACAACUUGCUCAACGGCGUCAAGCAGCUGCCAGACUCGGAGCACGAGCUCAAGACCAAGAUCGAGAACCACGAAGCUGACCUCGACAAGGCUCGCUCCGAUCGCGAGGCGACGAAGCAGAAGCUCGGCGACGAGCAGGACACGCUCGCCAACUUUGAGCGCAAGCGCAGCGCUGCUCAGACGACGCACGGCAGGCUCCUCGCCCUCAAGCAGCGCCACCAAGAGAUGCUCGAAGCGCGCAAGAGCCUCAUCCGCGAGCUCUCGGAGAAGCACGAGAUCCCCGGCUACGACCACGAGCUCAACGAGCGCGAGAUGCAGGAGUUUGAGGAGAAGAUGGAGGAUGUGAUCGUGUCCCAGCAGCGCAAGAUCGAGAAGAUCAAGAGCGAGGCCCGCGCGACCGAGAACAAGUACCAGGACGAGAUCCAGGCUUUCAAAAGUGCGAGGGCCGCGGACGAGCGCGCCAAGGCCAGUAUCGCGGACCAGAUCCGCGCCGCCGAUAUUCGCAUCGCCAACAUCUCUCGCCAGCUCGAUGCGACAACAACCACCGUCGCCGACAUCACCUACCAAGAGUCUUUGCUUGCUGAGGAGAAGGAGCGCCGCCAGAAGGUCGAGGACCAGAUCAAGACCGCCAACUAUACCCAGCAGCUCCGCGACAAGGCUCGCGAGGCGAAGGACCUUGAGGAGCGCCGCGAUGCCCUGCACAACGAGCUCGCCGGGCUCAAUGCGCAGGCCAACACGCGCGCGAGGCUUCAGCUCAGGCGUACGGAGCGCAUGCGCAAGGAUGAGGCGAUUGCGAGCCUGAUCGACAAGAGUGCAGCGAGUUUCCGCAAGUUCGCCAAGGCGGACCCCCAGCGCGAGUCGAUGGAGGCGCAGGUGUCGGCCCUUGUCCAGACUCUCGACCAGGACGUCACUUUCGCCGAGCGAGCUUCCCGCGAUGCCGCCCGCGAGUUGCAGAACAUCGAGACGAGCGUCAGCAUCGCCAAGAAGAAGAUCAAGGAUCUCAAGCAGGCUGCCGAGGACGCCAAGACCAAGAUCAAAGACGGCUUGCGCGGGCUCGACACGGAGAAAACAACUGUGCAGGAGGCGCUCGAGGAGGCGGAGGAAGAACUCGCCGAGGUGACUAAGGAGGUGUCCGACUUUGCCUCGAUCCAGAAGUUCUACGACCGCAUCCUCAAUGGCGCCAAGAAGAACCACGUCUGCCUCGGAUGCGACCGUUCGGUCUCGCGCGACGAGCUGCCGGACCUCGAGCGCUACGUCAUGCGCCGCAAGGAGAAGGCGCCGCAGGAACUCCGCCAGGCCCAGCAGGACAUGAAGACUUGGACCAAGCAGCUCGACGACCUGAAGCGCCUCAUGCCCAUCGAGGUCAACUUUAACCGCAUCACGAAGGAGGAGCUGCCGGCGGCCGAGACGUCUGCCUCGCAGCAGGAGGAGAAGCUUGUCCCCGCUCGCCAGAAAGCCGAGGAGACAAACGCGCAGCUCAACGAGCUCAAGGACAAGUCGCGCGACCUGCAGUCGCUCCGCAAGGCUGCCACCGAGGUGACGCGCCUCCACCGCGAGGCUGAGGACGUCGAGUCGGAGAUUGGCAAGCUCGAGUCGGAGCUGUCGGCGACGGGUUCAACCGCGACGUCGGAGGAGAUCCAGGAGCAGCUUAGCCAGCUCGGAGAGCAGAUCCGCGCCGUCAAGGCAGCGACCGAGAAAGUCCGCGCCGAGCAGCAGUCGGCGACAAACACGCUUCAGACCCUCUCGACCAGCAUUCAUCAGCGCGAGAUGGACCUGUCGAAGAAGCGCCAGGAGGUGCGGGACAAGGAGACGCUUGAGCAGAGGCAGAACGAUGCUCGCGAGGAGAUUGCCAAGCUCGAGAAGCAGUCGAAGGAGCUCGACAAGAGGCUGAGCGAGGCGAUCACGCCCAUCCGGCAGAAGGAGGGCGAGCUUGCGACGAUCCGAGCCGACUUUACGCGCGACGAGGCGGCCGCGAGUCGACAGCUCCAGGUCUUCAAUAAGAGUGCCGAGCAGCUCGACUCGAACAAGCGCGAGAUCCGCAGCUACGAGUCUCGCGGUGGCGACGCCGAGCUCCAGAAGUGCGAGCGCGAGCUCAAGCAGCACGAGAACGUCAUUGGCGACAUGAAGACGCGAAUCGCCAACCUGCAGGCGCAGGUCUCGCAGAUCGACAAGAUGCUCGCCGACUCGCAGGCCGUCUUGCGCAACUUGCAGGACAACCUCCGCCUCCGCUCUGAGAAGCGCUCGCUCGAGUCGAUCGACUCGCAAAUCGACGAGCUUGACGAAGACGGCGCGAGGAAGGCGUACCGCAAGUUCGAGACGGACUACAACGAGCAGCGGCGGAAGCAAACCGAGAUGCAGGCCGAGCAAGCGCGCCUGGGAGGUGAGAUCCAGUCGAUGACGAACGACCGCAAGGAGAAGGAGGAAGAGCUCAACACCGAGUACAAGGACAUCGACGAAAAGUACCGCCGCGAGCUGAUUAACCUGAAGACCGCCGAGAUGGCGAACCAGGAUCUCGAGAAGCUUCAGAAGGCGCUCGACGGCGCCAUCAUGCGCUUCCAUGGUCUCAAAAUGCGGGAGAUUAACGAGACUAUCGCCGACCUCUGGACCAAGACCUACCAGGGUACAGAUAUCGACAAGAUCAUGAUCAAGGCCGACUCGGAGGGCAAGACGACCGGCGCGGCUCGCUCAUACAACUACCGCGUGGUCAUGUUCAAGGACCAGACCGAGAUGGACAUGCGCGGACGGUGCAGUGCCGGCCAGAAGGUUCUCGCGUCCAUCAUCAUCCGCCUCGCCCUCGCAGAAUCGUUCUCCGUCAACUGCGGCAUAAUGGCGCUCGAUGAGCCGACGACGAAUCUCGACAAGGAGAAUAUCAAGGCGCUCGCUAGCUCGCUCGCUGAGCUCAUCCAGGAGCGCAAGGGACAGUCGAACUUCCAGCUCAUCGUCAUCACGCACGACGAGGACUUCCUGCAAGAGAUCGGCUCGUCCGGCGUUCUCGACAAGUACUGGCGCGUCUCUCGCGGCGAAGGCGGCCAAGUCUCGACGAUCGAGCGCCAGCGUCUCAGUUAG